GGCUUGAUGUGUGUUUAGCCAUGGGAUGCCAGGUCACCCAAAAUAGCCAGGCAGAUGCAUGGAUCAGUAUACUGUAUGAUUCACACCAGGAAAGAGAUAGAUGGUGACUAAGGAGUCAAAGUCCAUUUCAUCCUGGUGACCAGGACUCCUCGAGGAGAAGGGACGAGGUCUGAGGCCUGAGGAGGAGUUUGGGCAGGCAGAGGGCAGAGCACAUAAUCCUGCCAACCCUGUGUGAGGAGCAGAGGGAGGCCUUUGUGUGGCUGCUGGAGGGAGUGGGGGGUGAGCUGGUGUCAGAGGGGCUAGCUCCCUGGGCAUUUGGGAUCAUGGUGAGGAGGUGGGAUUUUAUGAUGAGUUUCAGAUAGAUUUUUAGUCAUGGGCUGAGGACAUGGUACCCACAUCUGUAAAUACUUUGCGGACAGUUCACCUGGCUGACUUCAGGGAGGUGGGUUCCUGUGCACAGGCACCUGUUGGGCUGAGCUGUGUUUGCCACAGGCGAUCACAGCAGGGGUGACAUUGUGUAUGGGUCUGGUACUCAGGACACUGCAUCUCUUGCCUGGCCCUUUCCUCAGUGUGAGACCAGUGACAAAAACUUUGCCUAAAUAUGGGCAUGGUGUCAUUUUAUAAAAAUAUGUGCUACCUCUCCCAGGAAAAAAAACUCCAACUCUGAGGCCACAGCUCUCCUGCUUCACAUACAGCUGAAUACCUGCGGCCCUGUCAUCUGGGGAAGGCACUGAGGAGAGGGUCUCUCUCUACUGGACGUCAUCUUUUAAGCUGGCCUCUUUGGAUCCAGGACUAUGAAAUGGCUUUUCUUAGGAGUAUCUCAGCAGGGCCCUGAGGAUGGGGGGGUGUACGAGACCACAGCACAGGGCUCCUGAUGGCACUAAGUCCAGAGAUACUUCACCUCGUGAAGAACAAGGGCGCCGGGACAAAAUAUUGUUGAUCAGACACUUGGGCCUAUUGUUAAGGCAAAAUUAUUACCAAUGUUUAUUCGUGAUCAGGGCAGAGUAAGGGUUGUAUGUGUGAGUGUGUGUGCAUGUGUGCUUGUGGUGUGCUGGGGCAGUGUCUGGCAUGAAGGUCUCAGGAAUGGCUGGUCCUGGGAGGCACCUCAGGGAUCAGGUUUUCGUGGACACAGGAACAUCUGGGCAGGGAGUGGGAAGGUGCAAGGUCAGCUAACCCUUCAGGGGCUUUACCUCCUGGUCCAGGGAACAGAGGCAGGGCUUGCUUCUGAGAAGAAGGUAUUGCACAAGUGAAUUUCAGGAGCUCACCCCAGACACAAGUGCCCCAAUCAGAUGUAACAUGGAAUGGAUUUUGUCACUUGAUAGUGCCAGCAUAAUGUUGGUGGGGCAAGCAAUAACAGCGAAACCUGGAAGAUAGAAAAAAUGUGCCUGCUAAGAGGUUGGAGUAUUAGCAGAGUGUUAAUAUUUUACACCCACAUUGACUCUUAAGGAAAUACGGCAGAUGCGUCCCCCAAUGAUGCUGACUCCCUCCUGAGAAGCGGGACCACGUGGCGUAAGAAAGGCCUUCUCUGAGGAGAAUAUGAAAGUGUUACUCGGACUUUUCUGUUUCAUAGCUCUACUGAUUUUUUCUCUGGAGGCUGAUGAAUGCCAGGAACGUGAAGAAACAAUAAAUCGAGUUUCCUCUGCUAAUGAAAUUGAUGUUCGCUCCUGUCCUCUGAACCCAGAUGAGAAGAAAGGUGAUGAUAUAAUUUGGUAUAAAAAUGAUAGUGAGACACCGAUAUCUACAUCACAAGACUCUAGGAUUCAUCAGCACAAAAAUCAACUUUGGUUUGUUCCUGCCAAGGUAGAGGAUUCAGGACAUUACUAUUGUGCAGUAAGAGAUUCAUCUUCCUGCUUCAAAAUUAAAAUAAGUCCAAAAUUUGUGGAGAAUGAGCCUAACACGUGUUAUAAUGCAGAAGCUAUGUUCGUACAGAAGCUACCCUUGGAACAAGAUGGAAAUCUUGUGUGCCCUCAUUUAGACUUUUUUAAAGAUGAAAAUAAUGAGUUUCCAAAAACACAGUGGUAUAAGAAUUGCCAACCUCUACUUCUCGACAAUACUCACUUCGGUGGAGCCACUAAUCAGCUCAUCGUGAAGAAUGUGGCUGAAGAGCACAGGGGGAACUACACUUGCCGUGCAUCCUACACAUACUUAGGAAAGCAACAUUCUGUUACCCGGGUAAUAGCAUUUGUUACUACAAAUGAGGCAAAUAAGACUUUGAGGCCUGUGAUUUGGAGUCCAGCUAAUGAGACAAUAGAAGUUGAACCGGGAUCCCAGAUGCAGCUGAUCUGCAAUGUGACUGCCCAUCCCAACACCUUCGUGUUCUGGAAGUGGAAUGGGUCUGAAGCAGAAGAUGUCUCAGUGCUGGAGGAAGAGUAUCAUAUUGCAGAAAAUCCUUCAGACAGAAGACGGAGUACACUCAUCACUGUGCUGAAUAUUUCAGAAGUCGAAAGUAGAUUUUAUCUUCAUCCGUUUAUCUGUUUAGCCAGGGGUGCAAAUGAUCUAAAUGUAGCAUAUAUCCAGUUAAUACGUCCAGUCCCUGAUUUCAAGAAUCAUGUGAUUGGUGUAUUUGUCCUGUUGACAGUUAUUAUUACAUGCUCUGUUUUCAUCUAUAAAAUCUUCAAGAUUGACAUUGUACUUUGGUACAGGGAUUCCUGCUAUAUUUUUCUCCCCCCAAAAGCUUCAGAUGGGAAGACCUAUGAUGCCUAUAUACUGUAUCCAAAGACCCUUGGGGAAGGGUCCACCUCCUACUCAGAUAUUUUCGUGUUUAAAGUCUUGCCUGAGGUCUUGGAAAAACAGUGUGGAUAUAAGCUGUUCAUUUAUGGAAGAGAUGACUAUGUUGGGGAAGACAUUGUGGAGGUUAUUAAUGAAAACAUAAAGAAAUGCAGAAGACUGAUUAUUAUUUUAGUUAGAGAAAUGUCAAGCUUUGGCUGGCUGGGCAGUUCAUCCGAAGAGCAAAUAGCGAUGUAUAAUGCUCUUAUUCAGGAUGGAAUGAAAGUUGUCCUGCUUGAGCUGGAGAAAAUCCAAGACUAUGAGAAGAUGCCAGAAUCCAUCCAAUUCAUUAAGCGGAAGCAUGGGGCCAUCCGCUGGUCAGGGGACUACGCAGAAGGACCACAGUCUGUAAAGACAAGGUUCUGGAAGAGUGUCAGGUACCACAUGCCCGACCAGCGACGGCCUUCUUCAGCCAAACACCAGUUACUGUCCCUGGCCACCAGGCCAGACUCUAAGGAGAGGCUGCAGAGAGAGGCCCACUUGCCUCUUGGGUAGCACAGAGCAGCCAGCUGAGAGCUCUUUGGGUGCCUCCUGUCUUAGGGCAUUGCAGGCUGGGCUGUGCCUCCAGCUGACUUGUACAGUCAUAAAAUGUACCUGUAUAGUCUGUUAUCCUUGAGGUCACCUGGAAUAGGACCGUUAAGGAGCAGGACAUGGUGACAAUAGCAGGCCAGGGUACUUCAGAGGAGAGGGCUUGGGAAGACCAUUAAGAAAGGCAACAAAUGCCCUCUCUGAAUGUUUGAAGUGCUGAGGAGAGGCCCAGAGAUAGCAAACUUGGGGCAAUGGUCACCAUUUAUAGGUGUUAUUAUUAAGUCACCCACAGCUCAGGGGCAGGGCUGUGGCCCGCUCUGGGGAUUCCAUAGGUUCACUGGCCUUGGAGUGGCCCUCCUGGGUGGUGCCGCAGGAGGAGUGAGACUGACGCCUCAGAGAAAGAUUCAUGUAUUUUUGGUGAACUUUCCAUGUGUUUGCAUUUUCCAUACACGUCCACAGCCAGCAGUUUCCAAAGAUUGAAUUUUAUUUUCUAGAUCUUGGAAACUGUUGUUUCAAUGAAUGAAGGGAUUCUUCAGGAUUCCACGGUUUUGAAAUCAUCUUAGCUUUCUGCACAGGAGAGAGAAUUUUUAAAAGCAGCAGCACCAGGGAUUGAUCACCUCUGAAUGCUCUUCUGUCUGGCAUGGCCAUCUAGUCCUUUCUUAUUCUUCUGCGCUGUCUUGGGCUCGUUGCUUUUUUGGAAGGACAGCUUCCCAGUGGCUUCCUCCCUGGGCUCUGUCCUGUGCUCAGCCCAUAGAUGACCCAUCCUUCCUAAGAGCUGCUCUCCUCUCAGCCUGCUCCUGAUGGAACGCUCCCCAGGGCAUUCUCCACUUAAGAAACUGAAGCCCCGGCUCUCCUUAACUUUCCCCCAUGGUCCUUCUACAUGAACUCCUGGGUCAGCCCUGUGGGCUGGGUGCCUGACCAGGCUCUUCCAUCUGUGCUCUGCCCCUCUAACUAGAAUGCUUUCUUGAAUUUUCUCCAGCUGACCAGAAUUUACUGACCCCAAGUCCAUCAUCCCCUAGAGACUUUGCCUAAAAGCUUACUCUCAAACAAACCCUCUCUUUCCCCUGCGGGCAGAUGGCACUUGACUGCUGAUUAUCACUCUGGUGGAGAGUGGUUCUGUCCUGACUAGAGUUCGGCGGGUGGGGGGUGGGGGUGGGGG